UCGAGUUGGCAUCGCCAACAUUGUGCAACGCGAAAACGGUGAAAAAAAUAUCAAGAAUUUAAUUUGCAUUUAGGCUCAAUUAGCGUCUAUAAAAUAAUGACUGUGAACAAACGCGACGCGAGCGCAACGCGAUCGCGAUGCUUCUUCGACAUAUCGCUGGGCGGCCUUGCCGUGGGCCGCAUCGUUUUCGAGCUAUACGGCGAUGUGGCUCCAAAGACGGCCGAAAACUUCCGGGCUCUGUGCACAGGCGAAAAAGGCCUGGGAAUGGUUACCGGCAAAAAGCUACACUACAAGGGCGUCAUCUUUCAUCGGGUGGUCAAGGAUUUUAUGGUGCAGGCCGGGGAUUUUAGUGCUGGCAAUGGGACGGGCGGCGAGUCCAUCUAUGGCGGCACUUUUGAGGAUGAAAGCUUUGAAAAGAAGCACGAUCGCCCCUUCCUGCUGUCAAUGGCCAACAGGGGCAAGAACACCAAUGGCUCCCAGUUCUUUAUUACAACACAGCCUGCGCCACAUUUGGACAAUAUCCAUGUUGUAUUCGGCCAAGUUAUAUCCGGUCAGGAGUUGGUGCGACAAUUGGAGGAGCUGCCUAUCGAUCGGAAUUCGCGACCAUUGCAGGAUGCGGCCAUAGCCAAUUGUGGCGAGUUAGUUAAACAGACAAAGGUUAAAAAAGAGAAAAAGCGCAAGCGUCGCUCUGCAGCCAGUGAUGAAUCCAACAGCGACGACAGCGAAGCUGAGGUCAAGGCUGAGCGCAAGGACAAAAAGAAGAAGAAGCGCAAUCGCAAGGAUAACAAGUCCAGCGACAGUGAAGACAAUGAUUCAAAAGGACGUGGCCAUUGCCAAUGCCGUGAUGAACAGUUGCCGCCGGAUGAUGACGAGGAAAGGGAAGAGGGUGAACUUCAUCCACUGGUUACAAUUACAAAGAUAAAUCCUGACGAGAUACCAGAGGUAUCAAACCAUUUUCUAAUGCGUGACGGGAGGUCUAGGUCACGGGAUCGCGAGGAUCGUGGUGGACGGGGACUGGAUCGUGAUCGAGGCAGGGAACGUGAGCGGGAUAGGGAGAGGGACCGUGAUCAUGACCGCAAUCGCAACUAUUUUGGUUGGUCAAAGAGACAGCCCACCACGCGCAGCGGUCGUAUUGUCAAAGGACGCGGCGUAUUUCGUUUUCGCACACCCUCGCGCAGUCGUUCGAAGAGCACAACGCCACCCCAUUGGAAGCAUGCCCAGAAGCGCACCAUUAAACUGUCCGAUCUGGAGCGACUCGAGGAGGAGACCAAGAUGCACGAGGAGGAGGUGAAGCGGCGUGAGAUUGAGCGCAAACGGCGCCACGAAGAGGCCACCAAACAUCCUAAAAAUGUGGCAUUUUUCGAGACCUCCCAUGCCAGCUCCUAUGGCGGCAAACUGACGCCGGAUAGGUCCUCGCCAGCCCAUAAAUCCAAAUCAAAGGACACUUCAGAGCGCAACAGGGUCAAGGAUAAUGCCAGUGAAAAGGAAAAACCGAAGGAUAGCAGUCCUGUCAAGCGACGCAAGUCAGUGGAUAUGAAUGCCUUAGACUACGAACAGCAGACUGAAAGUGAAUCCGAAUCCGAGCGGGAGCAGGAGAAGGUGAAGUCACCCAGCAAGCCGCAAAGCAAGGUGGAGGCUUCGACCAACAGGGAUCGAAAUUCCAAGCGUGAUGAGCGCAAGCCCGACGACAAAUCCAAAGCCAAGCACAGUCGUUCCGUUUCCCCAGCACGUCGCCACUCUCCCGUGCGUCGCCAGCAGCGCUCACCAGCCCGGCGUCCUGGCCAGAAUCAAAAUCACAAUCAGGGCCACAGUCAGAACCAGUUUAACCGCAGUCGUCGCAAUCCUUUUGCGGAUCGGGAUCGUCGCCGCCGUUCGCGGUCACAGGAUAAUGAUUACCGCAAUCGAUUCCCCCUGUCUCCAGUCCGAGGAAGGCCCUCUCCCAGCGGUGACCGCCGGCGUGCGCAGCGUUCUCGCAGUCGUGGUCGCAGGCAGGAUUCACCCAACUCUAGGCGCCAGGAUUCGCCGGCAAAGAAGCGGACGGACUCCAAUGACAGGAAGCGGGAUGAGUCAUCAAACAAAAAGCGUGGCAAUUCACAGGGAAACCACCGGGAUGAGUCACCCGUAAGAAAGCGCAGGAAUUCUCCAGUUAAAAAGCGCGAGGAUUCACCCAGGGGAAAGCGAGAGGACUCUCAAGGCAAGAAAAGGCAGCGCUCUCUGAGCAAAAACCGAGAUGAUUCUCCCAACCGAAAGCGUCGGAAUUCCCCUAGGGGAAAACGACAAGAUUCACCUGGCAAAAGACAGGAUUCUCCAAAGCGUCAGGAUUCGUUAGGCAAAAAACGGCAGGCCUCGCCAGACAGAAGGCGCAGGGAAUCACCUGCUAGAAGGCGUCAGGAAUCAUCCGGCAGACGACGACAGAAUUCUCCAGGAAGAAGGCGACACGACUCCCCGGACAACAGACGCAGCCGUAGUCGUGGACGCCGUGGCCACAGCUCAUCCCGUAGUCGCAGUCCCUCAACGAGUCGCUCUCGCCGCCGUCGCUCACGCAGUCCGGAGCCCAAGCUUACCUCUGCCCUGCCCCUGGAUGAGGAUCGAGACAAAGCGGCCCGCGAGAAGAUGCAAAAGCGGGCCGAGGCUGCGCUGCUGCUCAAGGAACACAUGCGCAAGGAGAUCGAGCGGGAAGAGGAGCGACGCAAGGAGAUGGCCCAAGAGGAGGAGCGUCGUGCAGAGAAGCUGCGAGACGAUGAGCUGGAGAUGGAGCGCACCACACGGGAGCUCAACGAGCUAGAGCGCCUAAAAGAUGAGACUCUCAAGAAGCUGCAGGACGAGGAUCGGGUGGCUUCGAGUGCAGCUGGCGGAGCUGAAACCGACGAGGCAGGCGGAAACGAGGCCAAAACGGAGUCCAGCACUCGGGGCAGGCGCGACUCAAGUCCGGAGGAUCGACAUCGUGACAAAAAGCGCAAACAUAAAAAAUCCAAGAAGACAUCAGCUCGUUCCGACACGGAUUAGAUGGAGCUAUCCUAGCCACGGAUCAUCUUUUGGGGGUUCCCAGUCACUUUUACACGAAAUAGAAAUUGUAAAAAAUUAAUUCACGCCACCUCCCGAUUCUAAGUAAGGGAGAGCGUUUAAUAAAGACAGACUUUAAUGUAA